CGGCGGCGGCGGCGGGCGGCCGGAGCCGUGGCACUAGCAUGGGCAUGGCCCCGCCGCGCGCCCGCCUGCCCCGGCCCGUGCAGCUGCGCCCGGCCGGCGCCGGCUGACCCGCUCGCCCCUCGCGCGGCCGCCCCCAUGGACAGGAUGAGCUGGCUCAGCAAGCUGAACCCGCGUGCCACCGCGGGGCACCGGCCCAGCCGCGGGCCCGGCCUGCAGAGCCCCGUCGCCGCCGACCCCGAGACCUGCCUCAUGGUCUUCAAGAACCACUGGGCCCAGGUGCUGCGGAUCCUGGAGCCGCGCGGCGCGGGGCCGGGCAGCGCGGACGACCAGAGCGCGGUGCGCAACCACACGCACCAGCUGCUGCAGCUGCUGGCGGAGGAGCGGGCGCGGGCGGGCGGCGCGCCGGGCCCCAUCCUGGACUUCGUGCUGGCCGAGGACCUGCUGGAGCGGCUGCUGCGGUGGCACGUGGCCGGCGACUUCGGCGAGGAGCGCCGGGCCGAGCAGCUCAAGCUGUACGAGGUGCUGCUGGGCCAGGCCCGGCAGCCGCUGCUGCGCCACGCGCCCGUGCUGCGCCCGCUGCUGCGCCUGCUGGGCCUGUGCGCCGCCGCGCCUGCCGCGCCUGCCCUGCAGGCCAGCCUGGUGCUGCUGCUCAGCCAGCUCUGCGUCUGCGUGGCCCGCGAGCCUGGCCUGCUCGAGCGCUUCUUCUACCGCCCGCCUGGCCCCGGCCCCGGCUCCGGCGCCGACUCCAGCUCCGGCCCCGCCGACCUGCUGCUCUUCUCCCUGCUCGUGCCCUUUGUGCAUCACGAGGGCGUCACCGGGCAGCAGGCCCGCGACGCGCUGCUGCUCAUCAUGGCCAUGUCGGCCGGCAACUGCACCGUGGCCUCCUACAUCACCGAUCACUCCUACUUCUGCCCGGUGCUGGCCACGGGGCUGAGUGCCCUGUACUCCUCGCUGCCCCGCAAGAUCGAGGUGCGCGGGGACGACUGGCACUUCCUGCGGCGUGAGGACUGGGCCGGCGUCGCCUCCCUCGCGCUCUUCAUGAACUCUCUCGAGUUCUGCAGCGCCGUCAUCCAGGUCGCCCACCCUCUGGUGCAGCAGCAGCUGGUCGACUACGUCCACAAUGGGUUCCUGGUGCCUGUCAUGGGGCCGGCCCUGCACAAGACGUCAGUGGAGGAGAUGAUCGCCAGCACGGCCUACCUGGAGCUGUUUGUGCGCAGCGUGGCCGAGCCUGCCCUGCUCCGCGCCUUCCUGCGCUUCAUCCUGCUGCAUCGGCACGACGGCGCCACCAUCCUCGACACCCUCGUCGCCCGCCUCGGCACCAACUCCCGGCUCUGCAUGGUGUCGCUGAGCCUCUUCCGGACACUGCUGAGUCUCAACUGCGAGGAUGUCAUGUUGCAGCUUGUGCUCAGGUACCUGAUCCCCUGCAGCCACGUGAUGCUGAGCCAGCGGCGGGCGGUCAAGGACCUCGACCUCUACGGCCGCUCGGCCGCCAAGUUCCUGUCGCUGAUCCCGCGCUGCUGCCACCCUGAGAGCCUGCCCCCGCCUGACCGCGACGAGGAGCAUGCCACCUGGGCCAAAGGCCACGGCAGCCCCAGCGUGGACACGUCGUCUGUAGUGACCGUCCCCAAGCCCGCAACGCCCUCCCGCCUCUCCUUCUUCAUGCGGCAGCAGAGUGCCAGUGGAGCGGAGGGGUUGGGUGCAGUGCCACGCUCGCCUGGCUUGGCCUCUCCCGCCAGCAGCCCUGGCCAUCGCCCACCCCGCUGGGAGGAGGUGGCCGAGCUGGAUGGCAACUACCUGGAAUACCUGCGUGACGCGCGGCUCAGCGUUGACCGCUGCGCUUGGGCCUGCCGCGUCUGGUCCGCCCCCUAUGACGGUGAGCGGCCUGGCCCCGACAGCCUGGCGCCGACGCCCGCCCCCGCCCUGCCCAUCAGCCCCGACCACUUUGGCCACGGCCCUCCCACCCCCCGGACUAAAAAGAGGGGCCUGCCCGAAGAGGCAGGGGGCUCAUCUGCUGGCCCUGGGGACAGCCGGCCUCUACCCGCCCCUGAUGCCCAGGACCCUGGUGCCCUGGUGAACGGGGCACCUGAGUCGGGACGGCCCGGAGGAGGUGCGGAGGGUGCCGUGACGGUGAAGAAGGUGCGCCGGUGCCCUCAGGCUGAGCGGGAGGCCCUCCCUACCGAGAAUGGGGCACCUCAGCCCCCAGCCCCGGGCUGGGAGGGCCCGUCUGUGGACUCGCUGCUGGAUGAGCUGCUGGCCCGGGCGCCAGCUGAGCCCAACGGCGCCGGUUUGAGCAUCGAGAGCUUCUCCGAGGAGCUGCAGGAGCUGGAGGCUGCCAUGAGGAACGGUGGUGGGGGGCCGCCUCGGGCCCAGCUCCCUCCUCCCCAUGCAGAGGAGGACGAGGCUGAAGACGAGGACGAGGCCUUUGCCGCCCCGCCGCGGCCUGCCGACCCUCUGGCCCAGGUGCUUGCCAGUCCCCCGCGGGCCCUGGGACCCCCGCCCAGCCAGCCCUUCACAGGCCCCUUUGUGGCGGUGCUAUUCAGCAAGCUGGAGAACAUGCUGCACAACUCCCUGUACGUCAACGUGCUGCUGACGGGGCUGGUGGCCCAGCUGGCCUGCUACCCCCAGCCCCUGCUGCGCUCCUUCCUGCUCAAUGCCAACAUGGUCUUCCAGCCCAGCGUCAAGUCCCUGCUGCAGGUGCUGGGCUCGGUGAAGAACAAGAUCGAGAGCUUUGCAGCCAGCCAGGACGACUUCCCCGCGCUGCUGCUCAAGGCCAAGAAGUACCUGAUCGCCCGUGGCAAGCUGGAUUGGGGGGACACCCCGAAUGCUGCCCCUGCCCUGCGCCGCUCCGACACUCUUGUGAAGAGCCGGAAGCCGUCGCUGGGGGAGCUGCUGCUGCGACACACGCAGAGCCCGACGCGGGCGCGAGCAGCGGCACAGCUGGCGCUGCAGCAGGUGCGGGAGGGCCCGGUGCUGCAGGCGCUGGCGGGCGCCGGGCUGUUCCGCGGCGCAGCCGAGAAGCAGGGCGAGGCGCUGCGGGUCAAGAACGCCGUCUACUGCGCCGUCGUCUUCACUGAGUUCCUCAAGGAGCUGGCGGCUAUCGCACAGGCCCACGCCGUCACCUCGCCCUUCCUGCUGGAGCCGCCCGAGGAGUGACUGGCCGUGGCCGUGGCGGCCCGGGGGCUGGGGGGGGCUGCGCGGUCGGCCCUCCCUUUCUCCUCCCCGGCAGCGCCUCUUUUUAACUUGCCGCCAGGACACCACGGACCUUUUUAAUUUAUUGGGAUGAAUGUUCGCGGAGGGUGCGGUGCAAUACGGCCGCGGCCCCCUCCUGCCCCUCCCAGGCCUGAUGCUGGCCGGAGCCCACGAGUGCCUGCCCCCCCCACCGGCCAGGCCGAGCGGAGCCCAGCCAUGGGCACGGUGCACUCCCCACCCGGCCGGAGCCGGGGACCACGGGGGGGGGGGUGGCAGGGGAGCAGGGCCAGGCCAUGAGCGGGCUCAGGACUCCUGGGUCCUCUCCCUGCCCUGCAGCCGUGCCCCUGCCUCGGUUUCCCCAUCGGUGGGGACCACGGCCCCUCCACCCGGGGCGUGAGUGAGAAGCCGGCAUUGUAUCCCCCCAGCUCUGGGGGGGGCCAGGUGCAGGGACCUGGUCGGGCCCUGGGGGCUGUCAGGGGGGCCCAGCUGCAGGCCAGGGACGGGCUGGGCUCUGCCCUGUCCCAGGGGCACCUGCCCCAUCACCUCUAGGCAAUCAGCAGCUGCCCCCGGGUCCUGCAUGGGGGUGGUGCGGGGGGGGGGCCGUCUGUACCCUGCACUGGGGAAUAAAGGACCUGCUUGGAGGCA